CACUUCUGUCCGCCCCCCCAGUCCAUUUUUAUCCAUUCCUGCUUCUCUCUCUCUCUCUACCCUCAUUAUUCAACGAACCUUCCAGAGACCCAUUCCGUCCGAGAGCGACCUCCGAUGGCUCCGCCGCCGCCGCCGCCCCUCGAGCAGCGCGGCGACUCCCCGGCCGGCGAGCCGCAGCGGUCCACGCCGACGCCCUUCCUCACGAAGACCUACCAGCUCGUCGACGACCCAGCCGUCGACGACGUCAUCUCCUGGAACGACGACGGAUCCGCCUUCGUGGUGUGGAACCCCACCGUCUUCGCGCGCGAUCUGCUCCCCAAGUAUUUCAAGCACAACAACUUCUCCAGCUUCGUCAGGCAGCUCAACACCUACGGAUUUCGGAAACUCGUGCCCGAUCGGUGGGAGUUCUCCAACGAUUGCUUCCGCAGGGGCGAGAAGCGGCUCCUGUGCGAAAUCCAGCGCCGGAAGGUCUCCCCCUCGCCGACGGCCGCGGCGGUGGCGGUCGUCCCGGAUUCCGUGGCGACCCUGCCUACGGCGAUCCCGACGGCGAUGCCGGUGAUUUCGCCCUCGAGCUCGGGAGAUGAGCAAGUGAUGUCGUCGCAGCACUCCUCGCCGCCGUCCGCCUGCGGCCAGAACUGCACGGCCGAGAUCAUGGACGAGAACGAGCGGCUGAGGAAAGAGAACGCGUUCCUCAGCCGCGAGCUGACGCAGAUGAAGAGCCUGUGCAACAACAUCCUGUCCCUGAUGUCGGGCUACGCCCCGAACGGGCGGCCGCAGGAGGCCAGUUCCCGCCCGGUGGCGAGGGCGCUCGACUUGAUGCCAGUGAAGCGGCCGACGGGCGGCGGCGGCGGCGGCGGCGGCGGCGACGGCGACGACGAAGAGGAGGAGGAGGAGGAAGACGAGGAAGAGGAUGGAGAGGGGAGCCCGAAGCUGUUCGGCGUGGCGUUGGGGAUGAAGCGCGGGAGGGAAAUCAGAGAAGGGGAGGUGGCGGUGAUGUCGGGGUCCGACGCCAUGCUGCGGCUGCAGCAACCCGGUUCCGGCGGCGUGAAAUUCGAGCCGUCGGAUGGGGAUCAGAGGGCGAUCUCCUUCCCCUCCGGGAUAGCUUAGUUACUGUAGAAGUAUGAUUAAUUAUCGGCGUAAGAACACAGAAUGUGUGAAAGCCAAGAAGAGAAUAUCCCCCCAAUGUUCGUUAGCGGUUAGCGGUUAGCUCUGUAAUGUAUCUUGUGUACUACUCUGCAUGAAUCAACUUCAGCAAUUUUUCUAUGAUUACUCA